CUCUUAAGCAUGAGAAUACAGAGUCCAACCAUAAAAGGGUGGUGGCGAGGCGGCGACUCUUCUCUGCUCGACACCAAACACAGAGACGUGGCCAACUCCAAAACUCCGUCGCUAACCAGACAAUUUCAACCGACAAUCUAGCAAUCGACGAACGCCUCAAUAUAUAUAUAGAAUAAACCCCCCUUCGUGGUUUGAAAAGGUUUUCUUUUUGUUCGGCGAAGAAGAAGAAGAAAAAAUAAAUCAUGAAACCCCUGUUUUUUCUGCUAUUUUUAGCUUUCGUAUUAUCUUCUUCUUCUUCUUCUUCGCAAGCGAGAUCUGUAAUCCCGCGCCGCCCUCAGCCGCUAUCGUCGAUCAAAAUCAACACGACACUGAAUCAGGGAACAUGUUCUUUUAGUGUAAGCGUAAGGACCAGCUGCUCGUCCAUUCGAUACACACGAGAUCGUAUUAGUCUCUCCUUUGGCGAUGCCUAUGGGAAUCAGGUUUACGCACCAAGACUGGAUAGUCCUGGUUCGAAGACAUUCGAGCAAUGUUCAACCGAUACGUUUCAAAUAUCCGGACCAUGCACUUACCAGAUAUGUUACUUGUACCUCUACAGAACCGGGAACGAUGGGUGGCUCCCGUACGAUGUAACUGUCUCUGGAUAUAACACAAAGGCCGUCACAUUUUACUACAAUGUACUUAUUCCUAAAGAUAUUUGGUACGGAUUUAAUUACUGUUAUGGCACCAGAGCUGCUUCAUCAGCAAUGAAGUAGUAACUCCCAAUUUCCUCGUGUGUUUAUUUUGUGUUUGGCUGAAAGACAGAACCCCUCGUAUCAAAUUUUACCGAUUUAAUGUUAUGUUUCGUGUUUUUUUGGGGCUUGUGUUAUCCACUUGUAAGUGUCAAAAUUCGGAUUCUUGAUUUGUUAACUGCUGGAAAUUUAACUUUGUUGCUGCAA